AGACUUUCUAACUCAGAUCGAAAACCAUUAGUGGUGGAUGUUGGAGAGUUAUCGUGGAGAAGGACAGUGUUUGCUCUCUAGGCAUACAUUUUAAACUAUUAUUCUGCACUGGGAAGCAUUGCCUUACAUCAGGAAUGAAUGAACUGACCUUUAACGGUAAAACUAAGUCAAGAAUGCUCGAGCAAAGCUUCACUGCCUUUGACUGUGAAAAGGGUAGACGGUCUUUGGAAGAGUUCAAAACUUUCUGCAAUUUCAUCUUAGCAUAUGAAGCGACUGAGGCUAAAAAAGAUAUUCACAGUAAUGAAGACAGGACCCCCAGCAGUCCAAGCAGUACUGGAUCAGGGUCCAGCUUGUCAUCGGCAUCAGAUUCUCUAAACGAUGAUAUGAGGAAGCCAAGAAAAAGAAAUAAACAAAGAAAUGGUAAAAAUGUACAAAAUGAAGAAUAUGAUUCAGAUGACGAAUCAUGGGACCUAGUUACCUGUUUUUGUAUGAAACCAUUUGCUGGGCGGCCAAUGAUAGAAUGCUCGAUAUGUCAGAUAUGGGUGCAUUUAUCUUGCGCAAAAAUACGACGUUCGAAUAUCCCAGAGUUGUUCAUAUGUCCAAAAUGUCGAGAAGAAAAGCCAACUCAGACGAGAACACUGGUAAAUAGAUUUGACGAAAAAAACCAUCAUUUAAAUCAAGUUAAUCAAGCAAAAACAAAAUCAAAGAAGCGUGUAUCGUUAAGUGGUAAUAAUGAAGAAUCAAGAGGCACAAAGGAGAGGAAGACUGUAGAGGUAGAGCAGUAAGAUUUAUUAGAAAAUAUCGUGUACAAAGUUGUAUUGUAAAGACGUAGCGUUCUAGUUCGCAUUGUA